UACCCAAGCUACAAACGAGUAGACGAGGACUCGAGCGAGGGCAUAGCGACCGCAGCGCCUUGAUCGAACGCCGUGCCGAUGAUCGAAUGCGCUUCAAUCCUUGGACGAUGGAUAAGUUGAGGAGAUUUCAGCAAUCUCUUCUAGGCGGGGAAGAGGAUCCUGAAGACGAUUUUUUGGUCGAAUCCAGUGGUUACUUGUCGCUUUCUCCUCUUCAGAAAUUGUACGCCUUUGCUAUCUGCUUGGUCGCUGGGUUGGCCUUUAUGCUACUGUCACUUAUUGUUUUUGCCAGACCUAUAAAAUUUGCAGUUAUGUUCAGCUUUGGGAACCUACUAGCAAUAGGAAGCACAGCCUUCCUUAUAGGUCCAAUUCAACAAACAAGAAUGAUGCUUGAUCCAGUCCGCAUCUAUGCAACUUUUGUUUACAUCAUCACUGUCAUUCUUGCACUUUUCUGUGCUCUAUUGAUCCAUAACAAGGUCUUAACACUAAUUGCAAUGCUUAUUGAGAUUUGUGCUCUAAUAUGGUACAGUCUAAGUUACAUUCCUUUCGCUCGAAGAAUGAUUUCUGAGUUGCUCAUUAGUUGCUUUGACACAGAUUUAAGCUGAGAUUCUGCAUGUUAAAGACUAAUAAAGAAUUAUGUCCUGUUUAGCUUGACAGAAAUGGCUUCUAAGUGCUAAUCAUUUUUUAUUGAAGGAUUGCUAGAGGUCUAGCUAUCUGCUCUUCCCUUCGCUUCAGAAAAGGGAUGUUUACUCUGUUUAUAGAACUCUUGGUUUGCGAAUGUGAAUUUUGUCUUCUUAGGGAUAUUAUUAGCCGACACAUGUAAUGAGAUGAAGACUUGAUGUUAUCCUUGUUAAGGAUGUUAUUGUCAUUGGAGUCCUAUUUUAUGGUAAUAAAUUGUGAUUGUGGCCAGCCA